GUACAUGACCUUAAUGACACAGUUAGUACUAAAAUUGAAUAGCAAUGUGACCUAUCAAAAGAUAAUAGGAUUUGGAGGAGCCUUCACAGAUGCUGCUGGGAUUAAUAUUCUCAACUUGACUGCACUCACUCAGGAAAAGCUACUAAAGUCUUAUUUCUCUUCUGAAGGUAUAGAGUACAAUCUGGGACGUAUCCCGAUGGCUAGCUGUGAUUUUUCAACACGACUUUACUCCUACGAUGAUGAGCCUGGUGACCUCAAUUUGACGAAGUUUUCACUUGCAACAGAAGAUUUUAAGUAUAAAAUCCCAAUAAUUCUUGCUGCCCAACGGUUAUGUAAAAAGAACAUUACUUUAUUUGGAAGUCCGUGGAGUGCACCUGCCUGGAUGAAGACCAAUAACAAAAUGACUGGCAGAGGUACACUGAUUGGCAAACCAGGUGGACAGUACUAUAAAGCAUGGGCUACAUAUUUCGUCAAGUUUCUGCAGGAGUAUAAGAAGCAUGGAGUGGACAUUUGGGGUGUAACAGGACAGAAUGAACCAUCAGAUGGUAACAUCUUUAAUUUCAAGUUCCAGGCCAUGGGUUGGUCUCCUGAAACACAGAGAGAUUUCAUAGCAAUGGAUCUCGGCCCUGCAAUGGUUCAGUCUGGGUUUGAUCAUGUGAAAAUCAUGAUUAUGGAUGAUACCAGACUGUUUUUGCCUAUAUGGGCAGAAGAGGUGUUCAAGAAUACAGAAGCAGCCAACUUUGUCUCAGGAAUAGCAGUGCAUUGGUACCAAGACUUCAUUGUACCAGCAAAUGUCUUGACAUCUACUCACGAAAAAUUCCCAGAUAAAUUCAUCCUGUCUACAGAGGCAUGUCUUGGAUCUAUGCCUUGGGAUGGUCAACAUGUCCAGCUUGGAAGUUGGUACCGAGGGGAAACCUAUGCACAUGACAUCAUAGAGGAUUUGAAUCAUUGGGUAACAGGAUGGACAGACUGGAACAUUGCCUUAAACAUGGAAGGAGGUCCAAACUGGGUCAGCAAUUUUGUAGACAGCCCAAUUAUUGUCAAUGCUGAAAAAGAUGAAUUCUAUAAACAGCCCAUGUUCUAUACAAUGGGCCACUUCAGUAAAUUCCUUGUUCCUGGAUCACAGAGAAUAGAAAUACAGGGUAAUGUUCCUGAGAAGGAGGUUUUCAUGGUUGCAUUUAAAAGACCAGAUUCCUUAUUGGUCUUCAUCAUACUAAACCGGUCAGAGUUGAGUGGAUCUGUUUCACUGACAAGUACAGGCCAUGAUUUCAUGAAUCUUUACUACCCUCCUCGUUCCUUACAAACAGUCCUGAUGAGACAAUAGUAAUGUGAUAUUAGGUAAUCAAAGUGAUGGCUGUGAUUGAAGAUGGAUUCCAUUCUUUUAACUGAUCGAACACAAAGUAGCUUACAGUGUCUAUCAUUUGUGAAUGAUUUCCUAGAAGUGCAAAGAAAGACUUUAAAGUUACAAAAGAAAAUGAUUAUCUACAGUGCUUAGAACUCAUACAUUUUGUAUUGAACUCCUAAUUUUGGAAUGGGUUUCUUUUGAUUUAUUUAGAGGCAAAAACCAUGAGAUAAUUUUCUGUAACACGUGCUGAAAAAUUUAUCUUUUUAAAAUAAUAAAGCUUACGUGUUGAUUGACCUGAAUUAAGCUCCAGGCCAAAGUGACUCGAUAUAAUUUUCCAAAGUUCUAUUGGACCAAGAAUUUCAUUGAUAGGCAUUCAGUGUCGACCUUUUUAUGUUAUUCUUGGUGUUCAUAAAUCACGUUUGAACUCAAUAUACAUGGUAACGAGUGAUUCAUGUAUACAUGUUUGAUUUUAUAUUACAUUAAAUUAUAGUUGGAUAUGAGAAAAAUUACAGCUCUUAUUCUUUGCCAAUCAAAAAAGAAACUGUAAGUAUUAAGUACUACAAUUUUUGUGAAUUGUUGACAUGAAAAUCUUGAUAAACAUCUGUCACACAAGAGGUUAAAGAAAUAAUGUGUAUUCUAUGAUUUUAUUUACUCAACUAUGUGGGGCUAGCUACUCAUUGUAAGCAAUAUUUGGUCAGGUACAUAACCUUGAUUUAUCCUGAUAUCCUAUGUUUUUUAGAACCAACAAAUGGCCUCAAGGCCCCCAAACUGUACCUGAAACAUGGAAUACAAUUAUUUCUGAGUUAUAGAGUUAUCUCCCUUGUUUGAUUUUCAUCUGAAUCCGUCAUCUGACUUCUUCAGUUGCCAUAACUUAACACAAUGUUCUACUGUGUUUUCAAGUAUUAUAGAUGUAUGGUUAUCUUCAUUUUAGAUGUGUAAAGCAAUGAAUAAAUCCCAUA